AUGACCAUGUCAGGGCGGAAAGCGACCCAGGAGGGGGUAACUCCGCUGAAGACGAAAGGCGAGAUCGAUGAAGUACGACUGGAAGCUGCUUUGGGGCAUAAGCAAGAACUGAGAAGGAACUUUGGACUAUGGAGUUUGACAAGUCUGGGCAUUGUCAUCGCAAACUCAUGGGCAUCGACAGGCGGAACUAUCGUGGCAGCUCUCCAAAAUGGCGGACCUAUGGCCGUCAUUUACGGCCUCAUUCUGGUCAGCAUCUUCUACACAGCAAUCUCGGCGUCACUCGCCGAACUAGCCUCCUCUAUGCCCUCUGCCGGCGGUGUAUACUACUGGUCCUCGGUUUUGAGUCGCAACAGCGGUCGAAAGGCCGGAUUUUUCACGGGAUAUCUGAAUGCAUGUGCAUGGCUUCUAUCUUGCUCGUCGAUGAGCUCGGUGCUAGGAAAUGAGGCGGUCGCCAUGUAUGUGCUGAAAAACACAGAGACAAAAUGGCACUCGUGGCAUGUGUUUAUCGUGUUCCAGAUCGUCAACUGGACGUGCUGUGCGAUUGUGUGCUUUGGAAACAGGUUGAUCCCGUUGAUCAAUCGUGUUGCAUUGGUGCUUUCUAUGUGUGGCCUGGUCGCCACGGUCAUCGUUCUAGCCGUGAUGCCGAAAAAGCAUGCGAGCAACUCCCAAGUUUGGCUCGAGUAUCACAAUAAUACUGGCGGAUGGUCAGAUGGCGUAUGCUUUAUGACUGGCUUAUUGAAUGCUGCAUUUGCGGUCGGGGUUCCUGACUGUAUCAGCCAUCUAUCAGAAGAAGUCCCAAAACCGGAAAUUAAAGUCCCACAAGGGAUAAUGCUCCAAAUGCUCACAUCAUUCACAACCUCCUUCGUCUACCUAAUCGCCCUCUUCUACUCAAUCAACGACCUCGACGCCGUCUUCAACAGCAAAAUCGGCUUUUUCCCAACAGCCGAGAUAUAUCGACAAGCAACCGGCUCCAACGCAGGUGCAAUCGGUCUGAUAGCAGUCUUGUUCCUCGCCACCUUUCCAACACUCAUCGGAACAUUCGUCACCGGUGGUCGAAUGUGGUGGUGCCUUGCUCGAGAUAACGCGACGCCCUUUUCGAGCUAUUUUGCCCAAGUCCAUCCAACCCUGAACACGCCUGUCCACGCAACUGUGGCGAUGAGUGCAAUGGUCACAUGUCUGGGAUGUAUCUAUAUCGGCAGUACAACGGCAUUCCAGGCACUUAUCUCCUCGUUCAUUGUUCUGAGUUCGCUCUCCUACUUUGGUGCUAUAUUCCCGCACGUUCUUUCUGGUCGUCGGAAUAUGGUUCCAGGCCCGUUCUAUAUGGGUCAACGGCUCGGUAUGGCUGUUAACGUGAUUGCCUUGAUGUAUAUUGUGGUUACGGUGGUGUUCUUCUGCUUCCCGUUGGUUCUGCCGGCGACUGUGCAGAACAUGAAUUAUACCAGUGUGAUUAUUGUUGGAUUGAUGUUCUUGGUUGCGAUUUGGUGGAUUCUUCGAGCCCGUCGUGAGUAUCAGGGGCCCCAGUAUAGCUUCGAGGCGGCGGAGAGGUUGAGUGCCUUUCAGAGUGGGAAAGAGGGCCGGAAGUCCUUUAUUGAUCUGGCGGGUUCAACAUCUACUCCGACAUUGGAGGAUCAUGGGUAUGGGAAACGGUGA